GUACCUACAAUAUGCGAACAAAGUGAAAUCGGAGAAUCCCUGCAUAUAACAUACAUGACCAGUGCAUUAUAAUAUCUCACAUGGAGUGAGUGAAAGUCAAUUUAAAUUUACUCGUACAUGACAUGAACAUCCCUCAAAUGCAAUCGAGAAAAACCAAUUAGUCGCCUUCAAAUCGCUUCUCAGACAAGGAGAGACUCGGAAUCCAAGGCGGAAGCUAGCAAGUCAUUCAAGGAUCUCCAUCUGCAGGGCUCCCCACCAAAGUACUGGUACCGUACCGUCUCAAUCCUGACCAUCGAUCGGACCCCUCCCCUCCCCUCACUCACGCCACGCCCCUCCGAAAAGUGCGCCGUUUGUUUUGCUACCGUACCAGUGGCGUAGUUUGCCUAGCCAAGAAAGCUUAGAAGAAGGUGCAAGCAAAAAAAAAAAAACUUUAAGACUCAUACUUAGUUCUUUGCCUCUUUUCUUUGCUGGCAAUUGAGGUUACGGUACCUACUUACGAGCAAUUCAUCACUUACAUUUCCGUCUGGUUCUUGCGAGGUCUUGAUUAUUCGCUUGCUUACAGCAGAGAGGAAGAGAAGAGAGAGAGGAAAGGAAGGAAGAUACAAAGAAAGAAAAACAAGCAGAUGUUGAACGAUACCUCGAAAAUGGCCACCGAACUCCCAACCCGCAGCACGAAUGGCGAUCGUACACCCCUCAACGCAGCCGGCGAGGAGAACUUCACCGUCAAGACGGGCUUGGCGAGGAUGUUGAAGGGGGGUGUGAUUAUGGAUGUCGUUAAUGCUGAACAAGUACGUACUUUUCUCUUUCCCUUCCCUUCAUCUUUUCUUUUCUUUCAAAAGACAAUUGGACUCUGUUCUUUUUGAUUUCUUUGCCUCCCAAGAUGUAAGCUGACUCAUGAAAUCAACACAGGCAAGAAUAGCAGAAGAAGCUGGCGCCGUAGCAGUCAUGGCUCUCGAGCGUGUCCCAGCCGAUAUCAGAGCCGAGGGUGGUGUAUCCAGGAUGUCGGAUCCCAAGAUGAUCAGGGAGAUCAUGAAGACAGUUACCAUUCCCGUCAUGGCCAAGGCGAGAAUCGGUCAUUUCGUAGAGUGUCAGGUAUGUAUCCAUCCUCUUCCUUUUCUAUUCCUCCCUCUUUUCCCUUUCCAAUUCAAACUUAUACUCACCAUCAAAACGUACCCAGAUCCUCGAAGCAAUAGGCGUAGACUACAUCGACGAAUCCGAAGUCCUCACCCCCGCCGACGCCCUCUACCACGUCGAAAAGCACCCCUUCUCCGUCCCUUUCGUCUGCGGCUGCCGCAACCUAGGCGAAGCCCUCCGCCGCAUCUCCGAAGGCGCCGCCAUGAUCCGCACCAAAGGCGAAGCCGGCACCGGCGACGUGAUCGAAGCCGUCCGCCACAUGCGCACCGUCAAUUCCGAGAUCGCCCACGCCUCCAAGAUGUCCGACACCGAGCUGCGCGUCCUGGCCAAGGACAUUCAAGCGCCCUUUGAGCUGUUGAGGGAGACGGCGAGGCUGGGUCGGCUUCCCGUGGUGAAUUUUGCGGCGGGUGGCGUAGCGACGCCGGCGGAUGCGGCGUUGAUGAUGCAGCUUGGUUGUGAUGGUGUUUUUGUGGGGAGUGGGAUUUUUAAGAGUGGUGAUGCUAGUAAGAGGGCUAAGGCGAUUGUGCAAGCUGUCACGCAUUACAAUGAUCCCAAGGUCCUGGCUGAGGUGAGUGAGGAUCUGGGGGAGGCCAUGGUCGGUUUGAAUGUUUCGGUGAUGGAUGCGAAGGAUAAGAUGCAAGGUAGAGGAUGGUAAGGAGUUUCUCAUUUUUUUCUCUUCUUUUUUUGCGAUUUGCGAGGGGAGUGGAGUAUAGGAAAGGGGGAGGCGAUUUUACAUACGGUAUUGCAUGCAUCCUUCAACGAUAUGCAUUAUUUUGGCGCACAGCUUAAAAAGGUUCAAUAUGGAAAUACCACCAAUCUUCAUAGAGCAAAUUCAGAUCAAAAAUUUCGGAGAUCA